CGGCCUUUAAUUCGGUUAUUUGAAACAAACUGUUUAAAAGAGUCGACUCGAAAAACGAGUCGGACUUCCUAUCACCAUUAUAUUCUAAGGAAGGCGGAAUGGCGCAUACAGCAGCGAAUGGAGAGUAAACUUUAAACUGUCAGAAAUGGAUUGUCAGGAAAAGCUGGAAGUGCCCGUGUACACAGAUGUGGACAGAGAGACUUUCUUGAGGGAUAUAUAUCCACUGCGUAGACCAGCGGUUCUGAAGCGCGUGCCCCUGGGGCCCUGUGUGCGCGCGUGGACGGUGAGUUAUCUCGCGCAGAAGGGGGGAGACCGCGAGGUCAAAGUGCAUGUGUCCCCAGAGCCCAGGAUGGACUUUCUGCACAAGAACUUUGUGUACAGGACUCUGCCAUUUGACAAGUUCAUUCAGAGAGCCGCAGAGGCAAAGCACUCAGAUUUCUUCGUUAGUGAGGUUAGUUACCUUAAAAAGUACAUUUUAAAGUAUUUUUUGAUUCUUCAUUUUUUGAUCCUUUUGAUUAUAACAUUAUAUUUGACAAAUGGUUUGUGCCAUUUAUGCACAUAUAUUAUCAUUGAUUCCUUCCCCUUUAAGGAACCAGCUGAUUUAAGGAAGCAGUUCCCUGAGCUGGCAGAGGAUUUCCAUAUACCCCAGUUCUUUGAGCCAGAGCAGUUUUUCUCCAGUGUCUUUCGCAUCAGUUCCCCUGGUCUGCAGCUGUGGACACACUACGAUGUAAUGGACAACCUUCUGGCUCAAGUUACAGGAAGAAAGCGUGUGGUUCUGUACAGCCCCAAAGAUGCCCUUUAUCUCUACCUCACAGGGGACAAGUCUGAAGUUUUGGACAUUGACACAACUGAUCUGCAGCUUUAUCCUGAGUUUGUGAAAGCAAGUCGCUAUGAGUGUAUUCUGGAACCAGGAGACCUGCUUGAUCUGUUCCUGGUAUUCUAUUCUUAA